AUGAGGGUCGUUGUGGGGGAGGCAGGUGGUAUUACUCCCAGGCCCGCCACGCCCCCAAGCCACGCCCCCAAGCCACGCCACGUCCCCAAGCCACGCCACGCCCCCAAGCCACGCCACGCCCCCAAGCCACGCCACGCCCCCAAGCCACGCCACGCCCCCAAGCCACGCCACGCCCCCAAGCCACGCCACGCACCCAAGCCACGCCACGCACCCAAGCCACGCCACGCCACGCCCCCAAGCCACGCCACGCCUUCCCAAGCCACGCCACGCCACGCCCCCAAGCCACGCCCUCCCAAGCCACGCCACGCCCCCAAGCCACGCCACGCACCCAAGCCACGCCACGCCUUCCCAAGCCACGCCACGCCCCCAAAACAGUACUCAACCCUCCAAGACAGUGCAGAGAGAUUUUACAAGUACAAGCGCACAGAUCAAGCAGGAGACGAGUCCCUUUUAGAACGAAAGAAGAAUGUCUUAGAGAAUGCAGACGACUAUACAGAAGAAAGUUUAUAUUAA